CAACAACAUACCAGACAGGAACACAUCAUAAACUGAAACAGACUUACAGGCCCACUAACCAACAAGACCAAACUAUAAAAACUUGAUGAAGACCUUCUUGGAAUGCCCAGAUUUCCGCUAUAAAAACUUCAGUUAACAGUCGCAUUUUUGGGUCCUCACUUGGCAUGGAAUUAUGAGCACUAAAAGACUACUUUCUACGGCUGAUUUCCAUGCAAUCCCACCCAUUAUCCGAAACUCCCUUCAAUGGGCCCACAACUCCACCGCCCAAUCGAACACACCUUUUUUACCAAAGGGUCCUUCCGUAUUGGCCACAAACCUCAUCAAAUCAUACUCUGAAAGGGGCUUGAUAAAAGAGGCCCGGAUACUGUUCGAUGAAAUGCCUGAGAGAGAUGUCGUUGCAUGGACUGCCAUGAUUGCUGGAUACACGUCUUGCAACCACUACAGCCAUGCAUGGGCUAUGUUCUGUGAGAUGGUAAGGAAUGGAGUGGAGCCAAAUGCGUUUACUUUGUCCAGUGCUUUGAAGGGUUGUAAGAGCAUGAAGGCUCUUUCAUAUGGGGCAUUGGUCCAUGGCUUGGCCAUCAAGCAUGGCAUGAAGGAGUCUAUGUAUGUUAAUAAUGCACUCAUGGAUAUGUAUGCUACGUGUUGUGUUAGCAUGGACGAGGCAUGCAUGGUCUUUCAGGAGAUAGAUGUUAAAAAUGCUGUUUCAUGGACUACUUUGAUCACUGGUUACACUCAUAGAGGUGAUGGCUAUGGUGGGCUUCGAGUUUUCAGGCAAAUGUUGCUGGAGGAAGCAGAACUCAACCCAUUUAGCUUUUCAAUUGCCGUUAGAGCUUGCACCUCAAUCGGCUCAUACACUUUGGGCAAGCUAAUACAUUCAGCAGUGAUUACACAUGGGUUCGAUACCAAUCUUCCUGUCAUGAAUUCUAUACUAGACAUGUAUUGCAGGUGUGGUUGUUUAUCGGAGGCAAAUCAGUAUUUCCAUGAAAUGAAUGAGAAAGAUUUAAUUACAUGGAAUACCUUGAUAACUGGUUAUGAAAGGUUGGACUCUACUGAGUCUUUACAUAUCUUUUCACAAAUGGAGUCAGAAGGUUUUAGUCCAAAUUGCUUCACAUUUACCAGUGUUACAGCUGCCUGUGCAAAUUUAGCAGUAUUGAAUUGCGGACAACAGGUUCAUGGAGGAAUUGUUCGCAGAGGCCUUGACGGGAACUUGGCAUUGGCUAAUGCAAUUAUUGACAUGUAUGCCAAGUGUGGGAGCAUAAGUGAUUCACGCAAAGUUUUUAGUGAAAUGACUUGCAGAGAUUUGGUCUCUUGGACUACUAUGAUGAUUGGAUAUGGGGCUCAUGGAUAUGGAAAAGAGGCUGUUGAAUUGUUUGAUGAGAUGAUCAGGUCUGGUAUUAGACCUGAUAAGAUUGUGUAUAUGGCAGUUCUGAGUGCUUGCAGCCAUGCUGGACUUGUAGAUGAAGGUUUGAGGUAUUUCAAAUCAAUGGUGGGUGAUUAUAAUAUUUCUCCAAAUCAGGAGAUUUAUGGCUGUGUAGUGGAUCUGCUAGGGCGUGCAGGGAGAGUUGAGGAGGCUUAUGAGCUAAUAGAGAGUAUGCCAUUUAAACCUGAUGAGUCUGUAUGGGGGGCACUUCUUGGAGCUUGUAAAGCCCAUAAGCUUCCGAAUUUGGGCAAAUUGGCAGCUCGCAGAGUUUUAGAUUUGAGGCCAAAUAUGGUGGGGACUUACGUGAUGCUGUCAAAUAUAUAUGCAGCUGAAGGUAAGUGGGGGGAGUAUGCAAAUAUGAGGAAGCUGAUGAGAGGGAUGGGGAGUAAGAAAGAGGCAGGGAGGAGUUGGAUUGAGGUAAGAGACCAGGUUUAUAGUUUUGUUGUUGGAGAUAAGAUGGGUUCUCACAUAAAGUGGGUGUAUGGAGUUUUGGAUUUGUUGAUUUGGCAUAUGAAAGAAGCAGGGUAUGUACCAGAUUUGGAUUGCUUAAUACAUGACCAAGAAGAUGCAACUUGAAAAAAAUGGAAGUUGUGGGGUGGUUUGAAUACCAUAUUGAUAAAGGUGGAAUGAUUCUAGAACAAUUUUUGGUUAUUCCACACAACUUUAAAUUGGGUAUACACAGACAGAAAGAAGAAGGAAUUGUGUAUGAGGGGAUUUGGUAUUCCUCUUGAAACUUUCAAUUUUGAUACAUUUGAAUCCAGUAAGUGGCAAAAAAGAAAUGAAGAAGAAACUUAGCAACAUCAAAAAAGGGCAUUGUUUAAUUAACCUGUACUAACAAUUUAAGAUAUUCUUUUAAUUAA